GGGACGUUUCUCUCCAUGUAUUCAGUUGAAGUGAGCUGUGUCACAGGAGCAGAACUCUUUGGAAGUAAACUUGACAAGGACUGUUGGAAUUAUAAGUGGCUAUACAAAAAUUACCAACAAGCCCUUGCCCUAAUGUUUGCUGUAGAGGAGAUCAACAAGGACUCUAACCUGUUGCCCAACCUUACCCUGGGAUUCCACCUCUACAACACCUACCACAGUGAUGAGAGGACCUUGGACAGCUCCCUGCGGUGGCUGUCUGGGCAGGGCCAGCUCACCCCUAACUACAGCUGCUGGGAGCAGGACAAGUCUGUGGCUGUUAUGGGAGGAGCCACAUCAACUCUGUCUGUCCAGAUGGGGACCCUGCUCGACCUCUGCAAAUAUCCUCAGAUCACCUUUGGGCCGUUUGAUCCCAUCCUGAGUGACAAGGCUCAGUUUCCUUCUCUUUACCAAAUGGCCCCCAGGGACUUUUCCCUACAUAAGGGUAUGGUCAGAUUGAUGACUCACUUUAAAUGGACAUGGGUAGCCCUGUUGACAGUAGAUGACCUGAGAGGUGAGGAAUUCCUUCAGGAACUAAUAUUAGAGAUGGCAAAUAAUGGUAUCUGUGUGUCCUUCACAGAGAAGAUCCCUGUCAGUGAGAGAAGACACACAGAAUCAUACAUGGCAUUCAUGCCCAAGAUCAUGGCAUCACCAACCAGAGUGAUUUUUAUUCAUGGUGACAGAGAUUCAUUAAUGAUAUUGAGAUAUUCACAAGUUCCUUUUCUCCCAAUUCAAGUGUGGGUCACUACUUCUCAUUGGGACAUUACCAUGAGACCCCGGUACAUUGAUGGUUAUAAUUUUCAUGGGUCACUUACAUUUUCACACUUAACAAGUGAAGUUCCUGGUUUUAAGGCUUUUCUCAGGACAGUGAACCCUACUAAAUACACAGAGGACAUCAUACUGAAAGAAUUCUGGCACUCAACAUUCAAAUGUAUAGAAGAACCUGAAAAACUGAAACAAGAAAAAUGUUCACUAAAUACCUCCUUGGAGACUUUGCCUUUGCUUUACUUUGACGUGAUCAUGUCUGACUUGAGUUACACCAUCUACAAUGGAGUCUAUGCUGUGGUUUGGACCCUCCAUGAAAUGUUCCUGAUGAAAUCAGAAAAAGGAGAAAUCUGGGUUCCUCAUCCCUGGCAGUUCCACUCGUUUCUAAAGAAGAUCCAGUUUAAUAACAGUGCGGUUGAUCAGGUGUUUAUGGAUGAGAACAGAAACCCUGAGGCUCAGUGUAAAACUCUGAAUUAUGUAAUCUUCAAUAUGGAGUUUAACCCCCAGGCUCAGCCUGGUCAAGAUUUUACCAUUAAUGAGGAGGCCAUAGUGUGGACCUGGACAUAUACCGAGGUCAGAAACAACUGUAAUAUCAACCUUACUAUCUGAUUGUGGGAGCACAUUUUACCCUGAUUAGCUCCUUCCACAUUCCUUUUUUUAGGGAUAGACAAUC